AUGGAUUACGAAUUUUCCAAGUCACCAGAGCGAAUUCCGCUGUCAUCGUAUCCAAUACGAAGCAACCGAUUAAAUUUAAAUCUCGGUGUUUUUAUGAAUUAUAUCGGGUGUAUGGUCGCACUCUUAUGUGGUUUCAUUUUUGGAAAAUAUAUGCAAGAGUUGCAUGAGACGAAGCUGUGGUUUUCGCAUAUAAAGCAAGUUGAACAAGAGAUAUCGUUGAGGACUGAAGCUGGUCUUUAUUAUUCCUAUUAUAAGUUUGCCGUUCAUCCAAAGAUGUCAUUUAAUAGCACAAUCUACGCACUGAUGCAUGAUAACAGCACUGAAUUCCCUCGUCAAAUUAACGUAUUCGAACGGUUCAACAUUUAUCAAGAAUUGAUCCUUGCUGUUUUAUACAAAUUUUUUGCAUCUUUCCGACUGCUUCGAGACUAUUAUUUACCAAAACCGAUCCUAUUUUAUGUCUAUUCAUGCUUUACUUUUGCUGGACUCGGUGUUGCAACAUUGUUUCUUCUUACUUGGGCUCUCACCGGAAGUUGGCUAUAUGGAUUGCUUGUUUUCACAUGGAUGCUUACAAACAUCGAUGACAGCACUCGAGUUUUCUUCACUGUUAAUUUGCGGGAAAAUUUUGCAUUGCCGUUUUUUUGGCUGCAAAACGCGUGCAUUGUUAUGUUCAUCUUGGUACUGCAGUCGACAUCUCUGGUGGGAAUGAGUCUGAUCAUUCCUCAUCUGUCAUCCACCAUUAUUUCGCUUCUCUUGCUGCAGUCGCUAGCAUUUUUCUUUGUUGUAUUAGCGCAGUUUGGUCAGCUAAUGAAUAUUGCUUCCAUUUGUACGGCCUUUAAUUUAAGCUCCAUUGUCAUCCUUCGUUUAACAACCAACACAGGAAGGGAGCGAAUGAGUUUAAUACUGCUAAAGUCAGUUUAUAUCGUUACAUUAACGCUGGCGCUAAGCUGGUUCAUCCGUUAUCUUGUGGGCGCUGAAGCUGACACGCACAUAUGGACUUUUGUAAAGGCUAAAAUUGGCUUAAUUUCGAGGUCCUCAGUACCUUUCGAAACUGCCCUAUAUUUGUGUCACGGAGCUUUCGCUUAUCUCGAUAAUGACUUCUUUCGGCGUACAUCCCUGAAUGGUUGCUUUCCGCUCUUCACAGCAGCGAUAUUCAUUGUUACUUUAACGACGAUAUAUUCAGUUACGAUGCAGCGCUGCGGUCGAGGAUCUGUACCUGCAUUUAUCAAUCAUUUUGGGCCGGAAACGAUUUUUAUCGUCAUUCAGUCAAUGGUAUGUGGAAUAGUUGCUGUUUUUACUCUCCGAAUGAAAUACCUUUGGUUUCCACAGAUUGCCCUUGUUGCCUGCGUGUUACCUGUGAUGAUUUCAAAGUACUCGGGACGGUUUGUUGUACAGAUGGUAGUAAUAGCUGCAAUCACAACUCUGCUAUACAACCAUUAUGGUAUUUACAAGGAACAGAUAGCGGACGAACAGGAAUUUUAUGAUCCGGAUACUGUUGCAUUAAUGGAAUGGAUCAAAAAGUCAACGCAGCCUUCAUCUUCUUGGUCAGGAAGCAUGCAGCUGAUGGCCGGAGUAAAAGCUUGCACAGGAAGGUAUUUGGUUAAUCACCCACACUUUGAAGAUAAGUGGUUGCGUGAUCGGACAUUACAGCUUUAUCAGAUGUAUGGUCGAAAAACGCUCGCCGAAAUGCAUGGAAUUUUGACAGCUCAUAAGGUAGAUUACAUCAUAUUGGAGGAUAGUAUAUGUCUGGCCGCUUCAACGGGAUGUUCAACGAAAGAUCUGGUGGAUGCCGCUAAUGGUGAUACGCUAGAGUAUGUCAUGCCGAAAAAAACAGAUCCGAAGACGCUAUCGGUUCAUUUGCGGUUUUGCGAUAGGGUACGCUAUGUUGAUGAUGAAACGAAACUUUAUUUCAAGCUGGUAUUUGAAAAUCCCACUUUUCGCGUCUAUCAAGUACUUGGUGAUAGCUAA